ACUUCCAUCGUUGUUAGUCAAUCCGUAUUGCGGACAGUCUUUCGCCUCUCUAAAGCCUUCCAUCAUUUUCCUAGGGUUCUACUCCACUGCUUCUCUCUCAUUUUAGGGUUUUGCUUCACUUUUCUCGUGUUAUUUCAACUAUGGCCGGAAUCCGAUGGCCCCCGGAAGAUGCGGAAAUUUCGCAUGCUCGAGUUCCAACCACUGCCGAUCUCAUCUCUGAUGACGAUCGCUCUGUUGCUGCUGAUUCGUGGUCCAUAAAGAGCGAUUAUGGAAGCACUUUGGACGACGAGCAGCGACACGUCGAUGCCUCUGAUGCGCUUUCCUCAGGCACCUUCCGUGCAGCAUCAGAUUACAGUUCGGACAAGGAAGCUCCAGAUGCUGAAGUGGAGCCAUCAAUGUUGGGUCUGCAAAGCUAUUGGGAUGCCACAUAUGCAGAUGAAUUGGCAAAUUUUCAUGAACAUGGCCAUACCGGUGAAAUUUGGUUCGGAGUUGAAGUCAUGGAUAUCGUUGCAUCUUGGACCAAAACCUUGUGCGCAGACAUUGCUCAAGGUCGUGUCAACAAUUUGGUUGAUGAUGUUGGAUCGCAGUCGGCUGAACAGGGUGCAACUGAUUUGUCUGGUUGGAGUGUACUUGAUGUUGGAACUGGCAACGGCUUGCUUCUUCAAGAACUUGCGAAGCAAGGGUUUUCUGAUCUGACUGGGACUGAUUAUAUCGAGGGUGCAAUUGACCUUGCUCGAAGCCUUGCUGAUCGGGAUGGAUUCACAAAUAUGAACUUUUUGGUUGAUGAUGUCCUUGAGACAAAAUUGGAGAGGCAGUUCCGACUUGUUAUGGAUAAGGGUACUUUAGAUGCUAUUGGAUUGCAUCCCGAUGGCACUAUCAAAAGGAUGAUGUAUUGGGAUUCAGUCUCAAGGUUGGUCGAACCUGGUGGAAUACUGGUGAUUACAUCAUGUAACAACACAAAGGAUGAGUUGGUGCAAGAGGUGGAGAAUUUCAACCAGAGAAGGCGAACAGCGUCCCAGGACCAAGAUGCAUGCAGGGAUGUUAUUUUCCGAUACAUCAGCCAUGUUCGGUCAUAUCCGACGUUCAUGUUUGGAGGAUCAGAAGGAUCGCGUGUUGCGACUGUUGCAUUUCUCCGUAGUUGAAAAUUAUUUCCAUGGGAGAAGCAGGAUGCUGGCUGCUGCUAACGGAAGUGUACUCUUCGUUGAAUGGGCUUCUGGUGUUUCUUAUGUGCAAGGGAAGGGCUGAUGGUGGCUAAUGUGAGGGUAACAAUUAUGAUGCUCGGAAUUGCCCCCCAUUAAC